UAGUUGUGUUCAAAUCACUGGAUAUUAAGCAUAGAAAAAAUCGUGGCAUUGCUGAAAUUCAUUUGCUAAGAGUUAAAAUAAAUUGGCUCGUAAAAAAUCGUUUGUUUCAUUUAUUACAAUGAGACAGCACAGAAUGGUCUGGAACUUUCGAUUUCGAUUUUUUUCCCCUCAAUUAUUUCAUCGACAACGAUUUUGAUGACUCAAAAUAAAUUGAAAUUGAACAUGAUCGGAAGCGAGAGCGAAAAGAUAUUUUGAAUUAUUUAUUCGAGUUCGUUUGUUAAUAGUAGCACAACAAUGACGCGACAUUUUCAAACUACGCGACUUUGUUCGUUAUUUUUUUGUUUUUUGAAAACUUGGUAAUUGAGGUUCAAUUACAAUGAUGUUAAGGCCGAAAUUAUUUCUGUCAAGGGCACACAAUAUUCAUUCGUUCCAUCCAUCCGAGAAGCGCCAAGAUUCAAAAUCGUUUGAACCAUCGCGUCACAAAUUAUUAUGUAGUGGGAAAUCAAUUAUUCAUCGCAUACUCGAUUGGAUGUGCUCCGAUUGAAUUGUCGUAUAGGUGAGUUGUCUACAACGCCAAAAAUAGACCAAACUCUAUUUGAAAAUUGUUUCCAUCAGGCGAAUUGAUAUUAUCGCUGACCGUUUUCGUAUUAUUCGGUUUCCAUACGAAUGUAGUAUCUAAUAUGGAUUCAUAUCAGUUCUUCAUUAGUUUUUGUCAAAGGGAUAUUCGACGUAUGUGUGUGUGGGAAAAAAUGCAAAAUGGAUCGUUUCAGUCAUAUCGUCAUUAUAAAUCAAUGGAAAAGCAAUCCAAUCCAGUCCAACGGAAUGAAUUUAAUCGAUCACGGCACGUGGUAAUGUGACGAUUUGUGCUGGUCGUGGCUCGGGUUUGUGAAGAGCUAAAUAUAUCAGUGAGAAAGGUGAUUUAUAUUUCAGAUUUCUCCAUCAGUUAUAGUUAAUUCAUCAAAUGGAAUGGUGUGUUUGGCUUCCGACUCUGCAACUUGAUGUGAGUGAUAGAGAGUGACUGAGUGACUGAGUGAUUGACUGAGUGAGUGAGUGAGAGAGAAGCAUCCGAAAACAUGACAUUGGGACAAGUGCUCAUGUGGGUGGGCAUUUCCGUUGGAAUAGGUGCAAUCAUUGCUUUGAUUUUAUGGUUGAUUCGAUUAGUUGGUAUGCGCAAGGCGGUCAGUUUGAGAAGACGAAUGUUCGCAUGGUUGGGAAAAUCGUUAUCAUCACGGGAUGUAAUGCUGGCAUUGGUAAAGAGGUUGCCAUCGAUUUGGCUAGACGAGGAGCAAAAAUUUAUAUGGCAUGUCGAGACCAGAAACGAGCCGAAGAAGCUCGUCAAGUGAUUAUUCGCGCAACAGGAAAUAGUAAUGUGGUUUUCAUUCCAUGUGACUUGGCUUCUCUUUCUUCGGUUCGGUCUUUUGCACACGACAAGCUAGCCAGAAUACUUUUCUCACGAGCGCUGGCGAAGCGACUUUUGACCACUGGAGUAACAUCGAAUUCAUUGCAUCCAGGCAUAAUACGUACGGUCGGGGCUGUUCGACGCUAUAUACCUCUUAUGGACGUAUUCAUAGCACCGUUGUUUUUGUUUAUGAAAACCGCCAGGUCAGGUGCACAAAGCACCAUCGCUUUGGCGGUCGAUCCAGAACUGGAACAAGUCAGUGCAAAGUAUUUUUCCGAUUGUCGCAUUGUGAAUGAAAGUGAAUCGGCCAAGGACGAUGAAAUGGCCGAAUGGCUUUGGGAAAUGUAUGAAAACAUGACCGGACUGAACGAACGGGUUUGAGUUCAGUGAAUUGGCAUUAUUUCGACAUCGUUAACUUAUUUAAAUAAAUACAACUUAAUUUUAUGUUUUAAAUAAAACCUUUUUUUAACCAUUGAAAUUUAUUCGAGAAUCACAAGAAGAAA